UUACAGCAGAUCAAAUAAAAGCUCAUAAAUUUUGUUCACAUUCUUCCGACACAAAAGAUAUUUUUCGCUGUUUUAUCUUGAAUAUAUAUUCAAACAGUACACUAUUGAAAAGACCUUCAUCUGCGUCGAAAAUAUCAUUGAUUGUAUAAGGGUGCGUGUGAUGAAACAGGAAUAAAACGUAGAGUAUAUAUAGUAUAAUAGUAUACAGAAUAACAGUUCAAGUCCUUUACUAACAUAUACUUUGCGUUCGCCGGGCAGAAUGAUGGCUUUCAUUUUGUUGUUGUUUGCCGUAACAAGCCUGUUGCCGAGUAUCAGUGCAGGUUGUUGCCAAAAUGGAUGGAUUCCAUAUGACGGCCAUUGCUACUAUAUUGGAUAUGAGUCACUUCUGACAUUUUCAGAGGCAUUGUUUUACUGUAUCAGCCGUGAUGCUUAUCUCACACGACUGGACACUUACUCCGAGUACUCCUUCUUGAGGAACUUUCUGAAGAAAACUAAAGCCUCACAUGGCGCAUGGAUUGGUUUGACUGACAGGACAAAAGAAGGAAGUUAUCGAUGGUAUGGCACAUACACAAGCCCGACUUUCUCGGACUGGGGACCUGGUCAGCCAGACAAUCUUGGCAAUGAAGACUGUGUAGGAAUAUGGGAGUCCAUUGACUACAGAUGGAACGAUUUUAAAUGCGAUAGUUAUAAACUGAAACCACUGUGCGAAAAAAAAUCGACUUAACGCCCUCACACAUUUGUAUACUUUAAUGGUUUGACUUGAAAUACUUCGUUGCAGUUGAUCCCAUGUGCAUAAAACUUCAUAUUUUUCCUCUCUGCCAACAGAUAACAUUGUAUUAACAUUUGUCUAAAACAUCCAACAUAUGCUUAAAUUUAAAACAUUUAAAAAUACGAAUACAUGUUAAAGCUUAUACAUUUUAUCUCUCUUAGAAAAUGAUUUUAUGUCAAAUAUCAAGCACCAUUCUAAAAGCUAAAUUACAGUCUUGCAUAAUUAUACUCGUGCGCAAAUCUGAUUGUCUUGAAAGUUAUCCACAUCUUUUGUUUUGUCUUAUUCAUUUUUAUUUGAUUACGCUGCGCUGCGUAGUUAUAGCCGUUUGCGGCCAAACUAAUCACUCGUAGGCCCAGCGAGAUUUGAAUAUUGAGACCUGAUAUCGAAAUUGUAAUAAAUGUAUUAUGUAUAAAAGGGGACUUAAUUCAAGGCCCAGAUGUUAUUUUAGAACAU